AGCUGGGAGAAGCCAGCAGGGGGUGGGGGGAGGGCUGGGGGGGAUUUCAUUGGAGUGCUCUUUGUCAGAAAGGAAUAUUAUUUCUCUCUGGAAUAAACAGAGGUUGGGUCGGGCCUAGACGACCAGUGUCCAUCGGAAAACCAAGUGGCUCAUGUUUGUUUUAUGGCUGCUGCUUUUCUAUUUUUUCUGUCCCCCUCAGACGCACACAUUGAUCUGCAGACCGAGUCCGGUGCCUCUCCCCUCUCCUUUUCUUCUCCAUUCACCCGCCUUCCUUUUGCCUUUGAUCCAACUACGCAAGGAUGCCCAGCUCGCUCUUUGCAGACAGCAGCGCCCAAGGAGAAGUCCUGCAGACAGCCCUGAACCAGCUCUCCCUCCUCGGCUUGGACAACGAUGAGAACCCCUGUUACGACAACCAAGAGCUCUGGGGAAGGAGCGUGAACAUGACCGAAUGCGUCCCUGUUCCCAGCUCCGAGCACGUGGCAGAGAUUGUGGGCCGACAGGGUUGCAAGAUCAAAGCACUGCGGGCAAAGACCAACAGCUACAUCAAGACACCGGUUCGAGGCGAGGAGCCUGUUUUUGUGGUGACAGGCAGGAGAGAGGAUGUGGCAAUGGCCAGGAGGGAGAUCAUCUCUGCUGCUGAGCACUUCUCCAUGAUUCGAGCCUCCAGGAACAAAAAUACCAGCUUGAACGGGAGCAGCACCCCGUCUACCGGACCCCCUAACCUGCCCGGAGAGACCACCAUCCUGGUGCGGGUGCCUUACCGUGUGGUGGGGCUGGUUGUAGGACCUAAAGGUGCAACCAUCAAGCGCAUCCAGGAGCAGACCCACACCUACAUUGUGACACCCAGCCGAGACAAAGAGCCGGUGUUCGAGGUGACCGGUAUGCCGGAGAACGUGGACCGAGCUCGCGAAGAGAUUGAAGCCCACAUAACCAUGAGGACAGGGGGUGUUAUUGAGCUUCAGGAUGAAAAUGACUUCCAUGCCAACGGGACUGAUGUGGGUUUUGACUUGCAUGGACACGCCACUCUGUGGUCUAAGCCCUGCGCCGGGAUAACCCCGAACUCACUGCGUAAACUCUUCUCCAACAAUUGCCACAAUUUGUCUUCCUCUCUGGGUAGUGUCUCCACAGAUUCAUUCUUUGGCAACAACAGCUCACGUAUGGCCAACUACAUUGCCCCCAGCCCCACACUCAGCUACACCACCAACAACAACGGCAACGAUAAUAACAACAACAACAAUAUAGAUCUCAAAACUAACUGCAACGGAUUGAUUGACCAAAAUGAGGUGUCCUCACCUGACUGCACUAAUCUGAGUUUCGAUUCCUCCUCUGGGUUUGACACGUCAACCCCACCGGGCCUCCUUUGGUCCCAGUACGAUAGUGGCAUAGCCCCCUCCUCAGCCGCCUGCAGCCCACCCACCUCUAUUUCUGUCCUAUUCCCCACCAACACCUCCACCAAUUCCAAUGGAGUAGUGGUGAGUCACAGUAGGGUUACUGGUUGCACCUCACAGCUGGGACGAUUGCCCUCCCUCCAAGGCCCCAGCCUGGACCCGUUAGCCUGGAGGGUGCGUAGUGAUCUUGGUAGGGGCUCCACCAGUUUCUCUGCUUAUCCUAGCAAUAUGGCCUCCCUGCCAGGCUCUCAACUCCCCAGGGUUCUGUGCGACUCAUCUGCCUCGUCGUCCUCAUCUUCCUCCACAUCCUCUGGCACCAGCAGAAAAGGCAGCCGUGACUGUUCGAUGUGCUUUGAGAGUGAGGUCAUUGCAGCCCUGGUCCCCUGUGGGCACAAUCUCUUCUGUAUGGAAUGUGCUAAUCGUAUCUGUGAGAGGAACAAACCUCAAUGCCCUGUCUGUCACAGCCGCGUCACUCUGGCUAUGCGUAUAUUUUCAUAACUGUACAUAAAUAUACAUGUAUAUGUAAGAGGCUGCAGUAAUCGGGCUAAGGAGAUUGUGGUUGAUAAUUUACCGUAGCUUUGGGAAAUAUUUUCUACAUCCAAGUGCAUGAUUUACAUAUUGCAGCAUAGUAAUCAGUAGUUGUAGUAAAUAGUACCCUACAUUUAUGAAGUGACGAUGAACUGUAUAGUCUGGGCGUGUGGAUGGGGUUAGUGUAGACCUGGAUGAGCCCUUUAGUUUAGCCCAUCAAAUGUAGUGAGAAGGGAGGCCAUGGCUGGGAAACAUGGAGGGCCUCCAGCCACACAGGACAAAGAUACAGCAGCUCCAGGUCAGAAACAACGCUAAGAAGAGCAAUCUAUCUUAUAUAUGUAUAGAAUAUUUUACAUGAGUUGAACAUUUCAAAUGACAAUACAGAAUGAAGUAUUUGGAUCUCUUUUGACUUGAAAAAUGAUAUUUCUUAUUGCAAAGAUGUUUACAGAUAUUUUUUGAUUUAAGUUCAAUGGGCUUUUUAGAACUGGGUUGAAAUAUUGUUUAUUUUUUAGUAUGGAGUUAUGACAUUGAUCAAUGUGUUAUUUUCAUAUCACAUGGCUGUUGGAAUAAAUCCCAGUCGGUCAAAUGUGUUUAACAUUCGACAUUCUGUUAUGAUGGACUUUUUUAUAGGUUUAGCAAAAAAGUAUUUUAAAUAUUUUUCACCCACCAUAUUUUUAUUCAAUUCAGUAAUAUGAAGCAUAUGUUAUUAUAUAUUAUGGAACAUUGAAAUGUCCAGAACUUAGUACGUUGUUCACAAAGAAACCGUUAAUGCUUUGUAAGAUUUGUAUAAAUUAGAUUCCAGUGGAAAUUACAGGCUUCUGUUUCACUACUAUGGUUUUAGUAUUUCUUUUUCAAUAUAUUUAUUUACCACUUGUUUAUGUAUAUGUAGGUGAAUUUACUUGAGCCUAAAUGUACUUUAUUAAGCAAAGUUUAAGAACAAACUAUAUUUUAUUUAAUGAUAAAGGGCCUUUAACCUCAUGGUAAAAUACUAAUAUAUUUGCUGAGACAAGAUUUGAAAAUGUAUCAAGAGUUUUAUUUUUCUGACAUUUAAAGUUAUACAUGAUAAAAAGUCAAACUUAAUUUAUGGUGCUGCUUAAUGUUUUUUUUAAGUAUUUCUAUACAAGUACAAUAAAAA